AUGCUACGCGUCGCGAGGAUGUCUAAGAUUGAGACCGCGAAUAUACUCAUCCGCGCAGAGUAUAUACGGCGGUUGUCCAAGGUUGCUGGCAAGAAGAUCCACCUGGUCAACGUCCACGAUUACACCACGCCUUCACUUCGUUUCCAAUACAUCCCUGAGUACGUCCUACGUGAAGGGGUCUUUAGAGCAGACUCAGCUACUCAAGAAGGUUGCCAACAGUGCUCACCGCACAUGGGGCGGAAUAUAGGUUGUGAAUACACGAAGAAGUGUGGCUGCCUCGAGUACGCGGCUGUAGAUGUGAACCGCAUAACAACAGCGGAGAUGAAGCAGAAAUAUGAAAACGCCCUCGCAACUGGCGGAUCCACACUCGGCUUCCCGAAAAAAUUUCCCUACUUCACAGACGGCACAAAGCGACAGCGAACCGGCACCCUAGUGCCCUUCUACCUCGACUCUCGCCACCCAAUCUACGAAUGCAACGACAACUGCCGGUGCGGGCCUUACUGCCGCAACAAAAACGUGCAAUUCGGGCGACAAGUCGAGCUCGAGAUCUUCAAGACAGGCAGCGGCCGCGGCUGGGGUCUGCGCUGCAAAGAAGACCUCUUCGUGGGCCAGUUCAUAGACACGUACCGCGGCGAAGUCAUCACCGACGCCGAAGCCACACGCCGCGAGCAAGCCGGCGGGCAGCUCAAAGCCUCGUACCUGUACAGCCUAGACAAGCACCAGGAGUCCGAGGGCCUGGCCCAGGAAGAAAUCUACGUCGUCGAUGGCGAAUUCAUGGGCGGCCCGUCAAAGUUCAUGAACCACAGCUGCGCGCCGAAUUGCAGGCAAUACACCGUCUCCUACAAUAAGCACGACAACCGCAUCUACGACCUCGCGUUCUUCGCGAUCCGCGAUGUCCCUGCGGGGGAGGAGCUGACGUUUGAUUAUCUGGACAAAGAGGAGGGUGAGGGUGAGGGGGAGGGGGAGGAGGAGGAGCCGCCAGAUGGCGCGGUGCCGUGUCUGUGCGGCGCGGAGAAAUGUCGUAGGUGGUUGUGGCAGUAG